AUGGCCUCCCCGAUCCGAGUCACAGUGCUCAUCUCCGGCAACGGCUCCAACCUCCAAGCCGUAAUCGAUAAAGCCCGCGCCGGCCACCUAGGCAACAACACAAGCCUCGUCCGAGUCCUCUCCAACCGAAAGGAUGCCUUCGGGCUCGAGCGCGCCACGCGCGCCGGCAUCCCAACGCAGUAUCACAACCUCGUCAAGUACAAGAAGCAACACGCGGCGACGCCGGCCGGCGUCCAGGCCGCGCGCGAGGAAUAUGAUACAGAGCUGGCGCGGCUGAUUCUUGCCGAUGCGCCGGAUCUGGUCGUGUGUCUCGGCUUCAUGCAUGUGUUGUCGCCACGGUUUCUGGAGCCGUUGCAGGCGGGCAAGGUGCGCAUUAUCAAUUUGCAUCCGGCGCUGCCGGGGGCUUUUAAUGGGGUUAAUGCAAUUGAACGUGCUCAUGCUGCGUGGAUGGAGGGCAAGAUCGAUAAGACCGGCGUUAUGAUCCAUGACGUGAUCUCUGAGGUGGAUAUGGGUCAGCCUAUUCUCGUUCGUGAAAUUCCCUUUCAGAAAGGGCGCGAUGAGAAUCUCGAGGCUUUUGAGACGCGGGUCCAUGAGACCGAGUGGGAGACGGUGAUUGAGGGAGUGGGCAUGGUGAUCCGGGAGUUGGAGGCUCAAAAACAAAAUACGAGAGCAUGA